GUACGUGGCCAUUUGUCACGUGAUGAGACAGCGAAACACCAAGCGGAUGUCCAGGAUUAUUCUGUUCUUUAUUUGGCUGUUAGCGUUACUGUUGAUGAUUCCAUGGGCGGUAUACUACCAUCUUACAAAGUACGUCACCAAACAUCAAGUAAUUGAUAUUUGCAUAAUGACGUUCCCAGAACCGCAGGUCGUGAACGAACAAGCCUACUUUCUAGGUGUCAUAUUUCUCAUGUGCUACGCUUUGCCGUUUACUUUUAUUGUUUCUUGUUAUUUCAUGAUUGGCUACCGCGUCUGGAACAGAGACGCUCCGGGAAUCACCUCCAGUAGGGGUGUUAUUGAGAAAUCAAAAAUUCGAGUCAUAAAAAUGUUGGUCGUCGUAGUGCUACUGUUUAUGUUCUCGUGGAUGCCUCUUUAUGUCAUUCACCUCAGAACACUGUUCGCCGCACAUCCGAUUGACCCUAAGGAGCAGAAAUUAAUUAAUGACGUGGCUAUACCUUUUGCUCAGUGGUUAGGGACGUCAAACAGCUGUAUGAACCCUUUAGUCUACUGUCUGUUUAGCCAGAAGAUACGAGGUAGAAUCAAGGCGAUGCUUUGCUGUCUUAAGCCUGAGAUGAGAAGUGUUUACUCGUCUAGAUCAGCGAACAACAGCGCACUGAACGCCACCACAAACACCAGAGAGUCCAUCUUAAAAGUCGAGACUUGCAGAAAUGGACAUUCGAAUUACGGACACUACUCAACGGGACGGAGUUUGUACCAGAACCGGUACUCUCGUCCAGAAUCUCAGCUCAUUCGAACUGACCGUUCAAGUAACUGCCAGUCCACACACGUGUAG